AUGGAAACGCCACCUAUAAUCAUCAAUAACAACGUCUACCAAAGCAGCGAUGGGUCCUCAAAUGAAACCGACGAUUCCGACCAAGGUCCCAUAGGCGGCAACUCAAAAACAUUUACGUUCAAGAAGGUUGAGAGGAAGGGACUUUCAAUCUCUCUGGAACUAAAGCGGUAUGAAGAGGAGCCGGGAGCGCCGAGGACAAAAACUAUUCACAACCCAAAGAGUGCGGAAGCACUGGCUUGGAACCAGCCGACAACAUCUCUGCCCGAUACUGGAUCCACCUGUGAGCUCCUGAAUAUACAGGCAUUGGAAUACAGCGCGGACGAUGAUGGCCUUGGGAAGACGACGCUCAUCUGCCCUGGAGGUCCAAUGAAAGACUCAGACUCUGCAACAGUGCAACUGCGUUGGUUGCUUGUUCUGAAUUGCCCGCAUAUUUCCAAUGAACUCACCGCCGUGGCAGUGACGCUGCUGGACGAUGUUGAAAGGCGACAUAGCAAGAUGUCGGAAAGUGGAGCUUAUAUUGAACCUGGGACCGUUCUCAGAUGUGUUGGCAAGUAUAUGAAACACGCCGGCAACAAAGAGCAGUCCCUGGAGUGCGAAACCGCUUACUUCCUGUCAUCUCCACACAUCGACUUCCGACAGCCGGCAGCUAAAACAGGCCCCAAAGAAGGGUAUGGCCCCAGAAGCCUUCUCCAAUACCUGUACGGGUAUGAUCUAGAUGAUGGUACUACGAAGCAGAUCGUGCAGAAGAUGGCCGGUGGGAAAACAAAGGAGCAUCUUCAUGUGAAUCAAGUCUGGUAUCUGCUAAUCGGAUCAGACGUGUUGGUCACCAUGUCAGAUAUGACGAGGCCGGAGCUACAAGGAAACGGCAUAGCUGUGGACAUACGGCCCGUUUUCGAUAGGGGGUUGAUAUCCAUAUGUCUUUAUGACGAGGCAAGUCGACGCUAUAACAGCGUUGUGGACCUGGACUACACCUAUGUGGACCUCCUACAGCAUUGUGUAUCGCUGGUUAGAGGGAGCACUUACGACGCCUUUGAUUACGAGCUCUUGAAUCCGGACGAUGGAGUUUUAACGCCAGGGGAGUGGCUCAGGCUUGUCUCGUCAUUUGACACAAAUAUGCUCACUUUCUAUUUCAGAGAGAAAGGGGCUGAGACUAGAGCCUCUCGCAAGUCAGAUGCUCAAGAUGCCGCUAGAGCAAGUCGAGAGAGCAGAGCCGUGAGCCGAAGGAGCUACUAUCGAGAUGAAGAGCGGCUGGUGACAAUUCGCCGAGGAGAGUAUGUUGGGAGAGAUAGCCUGCCAGCGCAACCUAUGUCUCCAUCCACUAUGCGGAAGCCUAGUUUCUUUUCUGGUCGGUCAGAAGAUAGGGACCUCGUGCCCGAUUAUGUUCGAAGGCAGAGACAAUCAAAGAAUGACUGGUCUCGCCGCUCCUACUUGCCUAGUCCUCGCCGCUCUUACGCUCGUAGCCUAUCAAGAGGUCGCAGACGAAGAAUAUCGCCCACUGUCCGUUAUGUUCAAGUUGCAAAGUCGUACCCAGAGAUAACCGCAAGAUCAUUAAGUCCAUCUGCUUCCUCUGGUUCCAGCUCCGAUGAGAAGCCUGGGGAAUCGCAGACUCAGUCUAAGAUUCGUCUAGACCAUAGCAAUACUGGAAAUGACGGGCUGGAGUUAGCGCCCUCAGAUGACCACGCUCAUUCAUCGGUAGACGAUCAAGUUCCGCCAAGGAAUUCAUUUUCGGGCAAAGAUAAUGAGUCCCAACAGACCAGCACGAAAGAUAGCCCAACUAUGGCAGAGGACAAGAAGCUUUCAGAUCCAGCCACAAUGCCUAUUUACAAAGAGGAGUCAGGCUUGACUGCCGCUGCCGCCCAGGAUGUUGACCAUACUGAACUUACGAUGGAAGAAACAUCGAAACAAUCACCUGAAAAGAAGAACUGGCCUGUAGUCCUUUACAACCAGGCGUCUAUCCCCCGGGUUUCAACCCAAGGCGAAGACCUGAGUGCGCAAGAAGUGAACCCAUCGAAGGAAACAACCUCUUUCUCUCGUAUAGAUUCUUACCCUGGCCUGCUCCGACGCCGCAGUACAGGAUUCGGCUCUGUCAGUAAUAAGGCAGUUACAUUAUACACAGGCCCGAGGCCCAAGACCGACGGGGGAGCAGAAAUCCGGGUUAUAUCUCGAGCCCGCAGAAGAGCAGAGUUGCAUGGUCCAUCAAGGUAUGGAAAUGAUGGCUCACAUUAUGGUCGGGAUAACCGAAGCGACCGUUAUGCAUCUGGGAGGUACUACGACAAACCGUCAAGACUCCGUGAUCAUACUAUCAAAUGGACAGACAAGGUAGCCAAGUCAGAAAAGGUCACGAAUGAAUAUUUAUAUCAAAGGGACAGGGGCACUUCGAUCUUUACCCUAAAGAAUCUGUCCGACAAUGAAACACGCCGGGGCCGCAACUCUGAUUCAGACACUUAUACUACAUCCGAGACUGAUACAACCGGCCGCGGAAGCUCACAUGUAGCAUUUGAGCCUGCUCAGAAAGGAUACCGCUCCAAUCCGCGACGGGGGUCUUACGACGGCAUCGGUGGCGAGCAUAUCCAAGGACUGAAUGGCGCCAAGCGUAGCAAAACUGUACAAUUUCAUGAUUCCCAGGAUGGAGCACGCAGCUCUGCACCAUCGAAUACUCUAGUAAGAAUGCUCCGCAGCGAAGGUCCUCACCAGCAGCCGUCUACCGAAAAGAGGCCCGGGGGAUCACCAGACGUUGUGGCUGUCCCGUUCUUGGAAUGGCCACUCAAGAACGACACGGACCAUCGAGAUGCUAAAGAUAUCGAAAAGAACUUGAUAGGAAUAUUAACUUCCGUGAACAGGAAGCUACGUUCAGGUGAGAUUUCACGGCUUUAUGUGAAGGCAUUCCGGUGUACUUUGCAAGACUUGAAUCGACGACACAAAGUCUUGCUUGUGGAUGCUGAAGCUGAGGUAAAACGCUCUUCAGUCUCGGACCAGGGUCCUAUCUUCAAACAAGGUGACCACAAUAGCGAGCUUGGUGCGCGUGAUGUUGAUAGCGCCUCGUUGAAUGGCCACCAAGCUGGGAAACCAUUAGGAACCGAGGGUGACGAGGAGGUCAUACCUCGACUCCCAAACGCGCAAGAACUCAAUGUUGUCAGACCUGAGCUAGUGAUGAUGAAGGAGCUGUAUGAUAUAUCUCAGCAGAUACUGACCGCCUUUGUACCAAAGGAAGGUAGUCUCUUGAGUCAUCACAUAUAUGUACACUUUUGGGGCGCGGUGGACUGUAUUUGUCGACAACUAUUAUGGGAAGCAAAUGAUGUGACAUACGCCGGCCAGCAAUACUUUACAAUCAAAGACUACGAUGUGGCAAAAAUUGGGAAGAAGAAAGCAAACUCCCAGUUGGUACAUUCCUGGGUGGACUGCCCCGAGUGCCGCAAUAAUGCAACAUACACAACUGCUUCAGACGCUCUGAGCCAUCUUCAUUCCCAUCGUGAAUGCUCGUCCGCAACCAAACGGCCAUGGGACGAUCCUUGCUACGUUUGGAUCCAGAGCGUCUGGGGCCCCUCGGGCCAAGUCCCAAAGCCACGAAAGAAGAUUCUCAAGAAGACGGCGGAGUUCAAGGAGUCACUCCUGCACCUAAAGGAACAAAUCAGUGAGCUACACAGCCUUGUGGCAAACGCCUGGGGAACAAGGAAAUCAAAGAGACCUCCACUACCAACCAGCCUCGUCAAGGCCUUUACACAGCUCUUGACCUUAUAUCUCCUGCAGGCUCAAGAACUAUCAUUGCUGAAUAGGAUCCACAGCGCAGUUAGUAUUCAAGGGAAGGAGCUCCGACUAAGCUUGCUGAUGGAAAAGCAACAAGAAUUGGAGAUGUAUGUGGAGGAAGUGAACAUCAAGGUGAGAAAUCUUCUUCAAGAUGCAAAGAAGGAUAUUGUUCUCCUGGGGAGCACAACUCGUGAUAUACACAGUCUCGGUGUCGAGGCUGUAGGUGCAGAGUUCCUGAUAAUGUCCCUGGUUGCGAAUGCCCAGAACCGCAGGGUCAUACCAGAAGAACUAGUUUCAUCCAGGAACACGACAGACUACAUCUACCUAUACCGAACUUAUAUCGCCCAACUACGCUUCCAAGCAAGCAAACGUCCCCAGAGACGGCUAUUCCUUGAUAUCGAUGUCGUGCAAGAGGAGCUUAGCGCUGUUAGUAUGGUUCAUCAAGCUCAAUCCAGGCUGUUAGGAAACUAUCUCAAGCUCUUGUCGCCGAGGUCAUUUCGCAUGACAACUAAAACAAGAGUCGGCAUCUUCAAAACAGAAAAGGCAUUAGCUCGCAGGCAACAACGCAAGCUGUACACCAGAAUUCAGGAUACUAAAGACUUGACUGAUAAGCUAGCUUACCUGAAAGAGCGAGUGAAGCAGAUGAUCGAGAUCAUAGAGGAAGAUCAUGGUAAAGCUAUCAGAGUGUUCACCAUUGUUACCCUCUUCUUUCUCCCUCUUUCGUUUGUGUCCAGCUUUAUGGGAAUGAAUACGGCGGAUAUCAGGGAUAUGGAGCGGAGUCAGAGUAUAUUCUGGACAACAAGCGUCCCGGUGACCACAGUCGUGCUGUUUGUGGCAUUGCUCUAUGGGUACUAUGGGGAUGGUAUUGCGGACUGGUUGGCGCAGAAGACUCACACGAGACAGCCGGCAUGGAAACAGCAGCAGCUAAGGUCACCAUCAGUGCUUUAUGAGAAGAAGUUCAGCAAAACUGCGGCCUAUAUGGCUGGUGGCACAAUAAACUUGAAUUUCAGACAGGACUAUUGA